AAAAGAAGAAAUAUGAGCGGGAUUGAUCCGUUCAACGAUUCUGAGAAGGGUUGGCUGUGGAAACUUCCUGUCCUCAAAUCCAAGCACUUAGGGAAACUUGGCCCCGGUUUCGGCCUCGGCGCUGGCUGUGGUUUCGGUCUCGGUGUUGGUUUCCUUGGAGGUGUAGGCGUUGGCCCUGGAAUUCCUGGGCUACAGAUUGGUUUUGGGGUUGGUGCUGGAUGUGGUGUUGGUUUGGGAUUUGGAUAUGGCAUAGGGAGAGGAGUUGCACAUGAUGAGUACCGACGCCACACUAAUGUGGGACUCCCUUCUCAGGGUGAAAUUGGUGCUCUGAUUGAUGAAGUGGUUAUAAACACCAAGAAGUUAAUUAGAGUAACUUCAAAAGAGAUUGACAAGUGGAGAAGAUGAGAGUUUGGACUUGGUAGUCUUGCAUGAUUCA